CGAACACCACCAAUGUUUUACUAACCCCACUCUUUAUUUUAACCACUUAUCAUUUCGCGUACAGUGUUUAUAACUGUUGUAAAGCGCCUCUAGCUCAGGCACUAUGCAGUACAAGUCUACAUAAGAUAAGCUCAUCAAUCAACAGAUACAUCGCGUGUGUAAUCGAUUCGCAGAAGCGCUCCAUCGAUUUCCAAUCUCAUUUUUAAAAAAAAUCUGCGUAGGAAUCGGAAUCGUCACCCGUUAGACCGCGGCGGUGUACGAAUCGAUUCCUCGACUAGAGGGCCCGCCCGCGUGACGUCACGCGGACACGUGGUCUGUGUUGGGGCCUGGCGACCGAAGGCGGCUCCUGGCGCUCGUUUAAUUUAUAAAAUUAUUUAAAGAUUUAAAACAACUUUAAUUCCCCCGCCCGCCCGCCGGCGUGUAAUUUUAAUUCGCUUACCACCGCUAUUAUCAUCAUCGACUAUUUUACCUCAAUUAAUUAACGCCGUUUUAAAUCGAGCCCACAUUUGUGUGUGUGUUUUUUUAAUUUUCCCCUCUCUCGUUGCGGUGUUUGUCGGUGUGCUGGUUGCGUAAAUGAGCGUGAGCCGCUUGUUAACGAAAUGUAAUUUUACAUGAAACAUUUUUUUUAUUGUUAAAAUAAUUUAAAUUUUAAAGAAAAGAAAAUCUCCAUUGGCGGCAGCGGCAGGCGCGGCGUUGUAAUGUGAAGUCAAAUCCACCCGCGCCUCGCCUCUCCGCCGUUGUAUUUCCGACGCGACCACACCACAAGCCGAGGAGGGUCGCCUCGCCCGCCUCGCCCGCCUCCUUCGGCGGCAGGGCAUGGACCGAGCCGGGCAGAGAGACGCGGCACCCGCAGAGGCCGCACCGCGCUCGGAUCGACGCGGUGCCGUCUCGCCCGACCGGGACAACUCCUCGCUCGCCUCCUCCCCCGAGGGCCGCGGCGGUGGCAGCGGCGGCGGCAGUCGCGGCGGCGGCGGCGGCAGCGUCGGUGGAGGCAGCGGCGGUGACGGAGGCAGCGGAGUGGGUGACGAGGGGAAGCUGUCACCGGACAUCGAGGCGCUGGAGCGGUUCAUCGACAGCUGCGUGCUGCAGUACCGCGUGGAGGGGACGCUGCGCGACGACGAGCAGCCCGACUCGGACUCGUCGCCCGUCGCCUCGCAGGGCUCUUCGGAUCGGAGCGACAACCGGGCCUGGAAGGGACAGCGAGGAGGCCGAGGCCGGAGGCAGCAGCGGUGGAUCAACAGCCCGGUUCAACGCGGCAGCCCCUCUCCACGACCCAGGGGAGGCCGUGCAGGCCCCCAGCCCAAGCCUCGAGUCCAAGACCCUUCCUACGAUGUAUGGGCAGCGAAUACGAACCCUUACGACAGCGGCUGCAGCUGGGACGUGCAGCCAGACGUCCAGGAAACGUCGACCUCCCAACAUCAAAGCCUCCCGAAGCAUCCCAACCACACAGAGCAUGGUGACAGCGAAUGCCAGAAGGUGGGCGACGCAGAGGCUGCGAUCAAGGAUGACUCGAAAGACGGAUCUUCCCAGGUCGUCGAUGGCGACUCUGCUACGCGGGCUGUGAACUCCGGCCAGGGCAGGAGGCGCGAGCGCAGCUCCAGGAGGCUGUACUGCCCUCCGGGGGUCCGUGCCACCCAACAUCACGGGCACCACCAUCAACACCAGCCGAACCAUCACUAUCAGCAGCAGCAGCAGCAGCAACAGCCGGAUCAGCAACAGCAACCGCAGCAGCAGCAGCAGCAGCAGCACUACUCUCCGGACUCGCUUGCGCUGUCACGCAGAGGCGGCGGUAGACGGGACAGCUGGGGCAGCCAGCACCAGGGCAGAGGAGGAGGAGGAGGAGGAGGCGCUGGCGGUGGCGCUAGGAACUACAGCCAUGCGCCAGCGGGCUCGCCGCGCAGGCGCCACGGCAAGAGGGGAACCGACUCGGGAAAGGGCGGCGACGGCACGGGCGGCCGGGCGGCGCCGGCGCCGACGAGCAACGGGCAGCUCGGCGGGGCCGGAGAAGGAGCACACGGGAGCAGAGAGCGCGGAGCGGGCUGCGAGUGGACCGGCGGUAACGGCGCGAAUGAUAAGCGGGAGGAGGAGUCGGAGGAGGAGGGGAAGAGGCCGGGCCCGGAGGGAGAGCAGUCGGUGCCACGGGGCGGCGGUGGUGGCGGCGGUGGCGGCGGUGGCGGCUUCCCUGCUACCCAGGGUCCCUCCUCACGUGACGUGGUCGCGGGCUCGCGGCACGAGCAGCGGCCGAGGAUGGUGUUUUCUCCCAACCCGGAUGCCCCGCUGAGCAACAGCGUCGACAUGCUCUCGCAACUCCUCCUCGACAUGAAGAGCGGCGGCGGUGCUGCCGCGGACGACGGGAGGCUGGAGCGCGUCGUGGGCGAGGCGUGGCGCCACGCGGAGGCGGACGAGGCGGCGCUGAGCGGCGUCGUGAGGACCCUGUUCGAGGGCGCCGUCGCCAACCGGAGCGUCGCGGCCGUCAUCGCCCGCCUGUGCAGCCGCAUGCUGGCGCUGGCGCCGCACGGGAAUAAGUUCCGCGGGCUGCUGCUCAACGCGCUGCAGAGCGAGUACGGGCGGCGUGCCGACACGCGGCGCCGCGACGUGGAGCGCUGGCUGGGCUUCGUCACGUUCCUGUGCGAGGUCUACGGCACAAUGCGCAGCAGCGCGUCGGAGCCGUACCGCGUGCUGGCCAUCCCCGUCUACACCUGCCUGCAGGAGCUCCUCAAGGCCGAGGAAUUUAAGGAAGACGCCGUCCUCUGCUGCUGUUUGGAACUGCAGAGCGUCGGGCGGCUGCUGGAGGAGCAGCUGCCGGGCGUCAUGACGGAGACGCUGGCGCUCGUGCGCGACAAGAUCCUGAGCCCGUCCGAGUCGGCGCUGAGCCGCUCGCUGCUGCUGGAGGUGGUGGAGCUGCACGCGACGCGGUGGAGCCGCCUGGCUCCGCACGCCUCGCGCUACUACACGCGCACGCUGCAGCAGCAGCUCACCACUUGAGGACCGCGGGAGCGCCGAGCGAGUCGCCACCACGGUGACGGUGGCGACGACGGCGAUCGCCGCAGAUUGGCAUCGCUCGCCCAUACGCCUGUCUCGAUACACCCGCCUGCCGACGUUCGCCACGCAGGCACACUGCCACAACCCUACCAAACACGCGCACAAGCACACCCGGCCACCCACAACAUGCACUGCUAACACGCACCACACGCGCCCUAUCACCCACACACAACACACGCACUCCCGCCAUGGCAACCCACACGCACCCUGUCACCACAUCCCACACAUGCUCUGCCACCUUUGACCACGGCACUGCCACCCUCACACCACACACCCUGCCACUCUGUCUCAAUUCACCCCUCACCACACACACACUGCCACCCCUCGCACAUUCACUCGUGCGCCCACCCACCCCCUAACUCUUCACCCCUCUUUCUCUACCUCCCAUUGUAACUGUCUCUUUCUAUCUCCAUAUUUAUACGGAUAUUUCUCGCCGUUUCUCUAUGCAUUUAUCUCCAUAUCUCUUUCUUAGGUGUUCUCUAACAGCACUUUGUCUUGAGUAUCUUUAGAUAAUCACUGUAUUUUCUUUAUACUAAGACAACAUGUUUUUGGCGAGCACCUAUCAAAACCGGCACGGCACACGAUGGAGUGGGUUGGCCAAUACUGCGCCUGGCUGCUUUUGUCUCCCAGUGCCGAUAUGUACACACACACCACAGCGUGUAUUCAUUGAAGGUCGAGUCGACCUAGGCAAGGCCCAAAACCGGUUCAGAUAUUCUCCACUGUUAUUGGUUUUGAGCGGGUAAUCGAACUCGGGACGCUGGGUUCGUAGCGCAGCGCGCUAACCGCUACGCACACACAGCCCAAACACGCACACGCGUGCCAUUCUUAUGUUUUCAGCAGUUGAUGUGGUGGUCGUGUGGAGCAGCACAUUGGUGACGUUUCCAUUUGAAAAAAAGUCAGCGUUCAAACAUUGCUCCAUCUCCCGUUUACAGCCCCCCCAAGCCACUGUUGACUCCCUCCCCCACCCUCCCCAAAGUGGCGCUCAUUUUAUCUUGCCUUAACCGGGGCUUGGUUUCUCACUGAAUUAUGUUUAGAGUAGACACAUGGCUAGUAGUUUCCUGCCAUAGAAAGAGGUGUACUCGAUGUGGUGUGCAGGGCGCAUGAGAAUAUUUUGCGUGUCGCCGGUGGGCUCCAGGAGAUGAUGGCAAGCGACUGGUAUUAGCCACCUCGGCCAGAGCUCAAGCUAUACUCUGGGUGUGGCGUUGCAGGGUGCUGGUUGCCGUUGCGUUUAACCGGCUGCGAUUACGUCCCGGUUAUAACUAAAUAAUUUAUUUAACCCGGAGGUAAAGCGACGGUUUUGUGCAAUGAUCACCGAUGAAUUUCGGUCAUCCUGUGAUUUGACUUUUUUUGUUAUAUAUGUAUAACCGUGGAGUUGUCGAUCCAGCCAACCCCGAACUAACUCGACACCCUAACCCCAUCCGGAGCGUGUCACGCUCCGUUCAAUCGAUGGUUGAUAUGGGCACAUCGCAACAAAUGACUUCCUGCGCAAGCGAGCGUUGAGGCGGUGCGCAUUUCCCAUUCACAGCGAGCCUCUGCCGAUGCACAGCCGCCGUUGACCCCCCCCCCCACGAAGCGGUUACCCCUUUUUAUUUUUUACCGACCCCGGCGGCAUGAUGGGCCCGAGUCGUCGACCCCCCCUCCCCCCGCCUCCCGACCGGGGAUGUGAACUCGCGCGGACCUUCCGACCGCGAGUCGCUCCCUCCGCCGUGGACGGAUUAUGUAGGGAGGCACCGAGGCACGGACCGAGCGUGUCAUCGCCUUCCAAAUUGGGACCGCACCGCGGCCUCGUGCGGAGGCGAUACACGCUCACGGGCGUCGCGAGCCAAACCUCGCAGGUCUGGUUGGUGUGCGUGUAGCGAGCAAUACGGUUGUGUCGCUGUGGCAGGGACGACGGAACUCAUGGUGUUGGGGGAGAGCGGGUGCGGGAGAGAAGUGGGGGGAGGGGGGGUUGCCGGGAGUGCACCAGUGGUCAGUUAAAAGAAGUUGACUGACGCGUCCGUUGCAUGUUGCGUCUUUGUGUCCGCGGUUGACACAUCACGUGUCUGUGCUGCAUCGACGCAGGUUCCGUGUUGCUUCCCGGGCCCGAGGCCGCCCGUUGUAACCAUUCGCCGCCCGACUAAACGGCCCGCGUGAAAGUGUCACGGUUGUCAGAUCUCGCUGGGGACGAGCGCCCGUUGGGUUUCUGUCUCUCGACGUCCCACCGUCGUCGCUUGGCGCACGCUCGCGGGCCACGGCCGGCCCCUUGUACCGCCUCCUGGCACCGCCUCCUGGCACGCCGGCGCGCGGCUCUCCGGUGCGGAUCCCAGUUCGUUCCCGCUUGUCGUUGUGGCCGUGAAGUGAGACAGAGGGAUGUCGUGCCCGGCGAACACAGCAAUAGAAAACACAAGAAUGGAGAACACAACAACAGAAAACACAACAAUGGAGAACACAAUGAAGAACACAACAAUGGAGAACACAGCAAUAGAAAACACAAUGGAGAACACAGCAAUGGAGAACACAACAAUGAAGAACACAACAAUGAAGAACACAACAAUGAAGAACACAACAAUGGAGAACACAACAAUGAAGAACACAACAAUGGAGAACACAGCAAAAGAAAACGACAGAAAACUCAACAAUUGAGAACAGCAAUAGAGAACACAGCAACGGAGAACACAGCAACGGAGAACACAACAACGGAGAACACAAGAAUGGAGAACACAAGAAUGGAGAACGCAACAACGGAGAACGCAACAACGGAGAACACAACAACGGAGAACACAAGAAUGGAGAACACAAGAAUGGAGAACACAACAAUGGAGAACACAACAACGACCCUGAUGUUCGGGAAAGACCGGUAGGGUUCGGGGUGAGGGAUGGUCGCUGUGAACCUCAGAGUGACGUUGCCCACCCCCACCCUCCUCCCCGGGCCGAUGGCUUUUUAGGUGGCGACUUCUUGCCCGUGACGUUAGGGCUUCCAAGCGGGAGAUGCUUAUGCAAUUGCGAGGGGCUGUUUGCGUUGGAAGUAAUACUGCACUUGCUUGUUCCGAAGAGAGCAAACAAAAAGGAAUUGAUACAAGGGGAGACGAAUAAUGAGGGCUGCAUCGGAGAGUCAUUUUCUUCUUUUGCUGCGUGGAUUUUCCGUGGUCGUGCCGCACAGCCGGCCGACGUGUGUGGCGUUCGUGUCAGGGGGGCCGCCGUGUCGCGCAGUAUUGAUGUUCGCCAUGUCGCGCUAUGGUAUUCGCCCUGUCGCUCGCGUAGGUUUGAUGUUCGACAUCGCAGCGCCCGGGCACGCGCGCUACGAUGUUCCGAUGCGUACGGCUGGAACUUCGACUCGCCGUCCCGAUUUCCCGAAGAAGAAGCAGCAGCAGCAGCAGCUCCCGGCACAUGGAGCAAAACGUCAGACGUCGUUCCUCCCCAACAAUAGCAAACAACAAACUCAACGGAACGGAGCUGUUCCCGCACGAUAGAAAGCUCCUGGCACGUGGCGCGAAACGUCGGGACGUCGUGCCCAACAACAUCCGGUACCCUCCGAAAGCACAUGGGUAGAGAGAGCUCAAGUGUUGUGUGUUUUUUUUUAUUUGUAAGGCGAGGGCGGUGUAAAGCUGUUGCACAAAGGACGGUGAAGGAUUCUGAUGCACUUGACCUGACCCGCUGGGCUGGUGUGCAUGGACAGACCUGGGGUCAAUUGUAAUUGCAGUUGCGUCAUCCGUAAUGAAUGGCAAUGCCACCGUAAUUGUAAGGUCAGCCGGCUAACGGUGCUGCGUACUGGUUAUUCUUUAUAAUGAAUCCCCAGGUCUGGCGAACGAUGUGCGGACUGUUUCCUAUCUGCAGUGUUGAAUUGGAAAUGGGUUUCUUGAACCAUUGCAAUGUGCCAUAGUGAGGCAGAACAACAACAACAGUAAUGUACAGCCCUUUGUCGAUCCACUGCUGGAUGAAGGCCUCGCGCACGCUGCGUCGGUCACGAAGGCACCGUUUUGUUUGUCCGCGCGGCUUGGCGAAUUGGGGGCGAGUGUUUUCCGAAGCGGUUCGGAAUGCCGCCUGCCCACUGGUGUCAGCCGUGGCUGGGAUUCGAUCUCUGGUCGAUAGCGCGGCGCUCACCACCGCUGACCACCGCUGACCACCGUGCCUCCAGUUCACCACAUCCGCAGCCCGUUUUUGUUAACCCUCUGCCGUAUGAAGCCGUGAUGGAUAUCCGACUGUACUUCGCAACAGUGGUCAAGUGCGGGUUCUAAGGCGGGAGGAGUGCAGAACGAACCAGGGAAUGUAGCCCCCCCCGCACGGCCCUCCGCCGCCGAUAACGCUUGCCGCUGCGGCGACGCCAGUCGAGACGACGUGGCGGGUGUCUCGAAUUGUCCGGGCACAUCUUGGAGGUCGCCUCCAUGUGCUGUGGUUUCAGCCGCUGGAUUUGGCGGAGGACGGUAGAAGGCGGCGUUGGCAGGCGAGAAAGUGCGGUGGCGAUGGUGGUGGUGACGGCGGCAUCGGUGGUUCGGGAAACUUUGACGUCGUGGUCUUGAUCGCCCAUAUCGCGGCCGCUCGAUGUCCGCUCCUAUUUGUUUUCCUCCCGCUCGUUCACUCGCUCACGCCUUGGGUGUUCGGGUGGCACGUCCUGAGUGGACAGCACAGGGGGGGGGGGAAGUUUGGCUUCCAAUAUUCACGGCCGUUAACCUCUGUCCUGUUGUUGCACGUUGCAAUGUGUUUUUAUUCGCGCGAAAAAUCCGUUCCAGGAAUUUCGCGAAUGACGAGAGAGGAAAAAAAAAAGUUUCAAACGACACGCAAAAUCGGUGACUCUUUGUUUUGCCGAUGGCUCGUAAUGCUGAUGACUCAUGAUUCUGAUGAAGCCAGUCCGCAGUUACCUCUCACUGCUUCGCCACUGCCGUCAGUCGGUCACCCGCGUUUGUUGUGAUGCUGACCUAAGACGAAGAGGACAACGGUGCGGUUCUUCGGGAAACGUUUACGGUUUGCGCACGAGGCACGAAGGGCCGUGUGUGCGCCCCCCUCGCACGCGCUCGUGCGUUUGUUUGGAACUCGGAAGAGCCGUCGGUGGGCCCCGGCGUUGCCCUGAGCCGCAUGGAAUGAGAAUGAAGGAGUGUGGGGCCGUGUGUCGCCCGUGGACCGUAUGAAAUGAAGUUGAGGGCCCUUGUCUGGCUCGCCGCCCCCUUACCCGAGUUAAAUCACUAAUGAUGCGUCGCUCGGCGGUUUUAAUUUAAUGUAUUUAUUUCAGGUUUUACGUUUUCGGCGAGUUUAAACGAAAGUACGUUGCUCAUUUUAAUUUCUCCCCGAAAAGUUUGAACGCGGUUUUUAUUUUUAUUUUAAAAGAUAAUUUUUUUUAACUCCACGAGCAAAUGAAUGAAGGACAAUCACGAAGCCAGUGGGUGGGCUUCUUGUUGGGGUUUUUGUUCAUUUUUCAAUGAGAGGCAGUGUCUAAAAUUACAAAUAUACCCACACGCACACACACGUGUUGAGUUUUCUCCACAAUUGGUUAUUUAAGAUAGAUAUCACGCUUUAAACAAAAAAAAGACGACACCGACAUCCGCUGACAUUUUUUUUAUGGGUUAAUAAAGGAUGCAAAAAAUUUCCAUUAUAAUUAAUCUGGUGGCUCGUGUGUGUGUGUGUGUAAUCCGUUGGCUUGCAAUGCGCAAUCAUGCAGAGGACCUUCGUACAUUUGGCCAUCUGUGGUGGGGCCACGGUUUGCCUUGCCUUUUGAUUUAUGCCAAAGUCUCCUCGCUUUCGGUGGUACGCGGUUACUUUUGCGGCGGUGCGCUGCCCCGCGGUGCGAGGGUUUUGACGGUUGCGCUGUCGCUGCUGCCGCAUAGCGCUCCCGAUGCGUUGACGGGGUCGUGCCUAAUGUCGCUGUCGGGACAUCGUUCGGCACGACGUCCCGACCUUUGUCGUCACGUUGUGUCGUCACGUUUUUCCUGCGGCCAGUUAGCAGUGAAAUGUCGGACAUUGUACCGAGCGGCAAGACCCGCCGACGCAUCGAAGGGAACCGCUUCCGACGAACGCCGCGGCGCUGUCUCGCAGAUCGUUCACGAAUAUCGUUUGUCGUCUGAGCAAAAAAAAACAACCUUUUUUUUCAACGUUUGGCCAGAUGUUGGAUGGAGGUAUCGGUGGAACUCGCACACAUGUCACGGAGCGCUGUCCUAGAUAUGCUCGGUUGUGCUUCGACUGUACGGCGCUCCGAGGCGUUUCCGAGUCGUUAUUGCGGCGGCGUUCCGCGCCACGCGCCGGGAGCUUCCACGGGGAACUCGAUUGGCUCCCGCGCGCAGGUGGUAGCGGAGCGUCGGGUUCGUCGUUCGCGGCACGAGCCGAGAACGCGCCGGAGGGCGCAAGCCGCGGGGAGGGGGCGGGGGGCCGUUGGGCCGAACGCCCGCAAAGUGUCGCACGUCUCACCAGCCGCGCUCACGGGGGAGUGGACCCGCUUGACGUCGAAGGAAAUUUACCGGCGCAGCAGGCCGACCGAUUUAACCGCGUUAAGCCCGGUUAAGAGUCGUUCACUUCACAGAACGUUACGAUUCGUAACCGACCCCCAAAGAUUGUCGGCAGCUUUUUGCGUUAUUACGUUUUAGCGGCCGCACGAUAUUCGAGUUUGUUUCAGCAUUGAAACAACGACCGGGUUGGGGAAAGAGAGAGGGAUGUCCACUCGUAUGCUGUCUCGUUAUAUAUAUAACAUAGAAUAUGAUUGAUCGUUUUUACAUUAUAUAUAUAUAAGAUGCUUUUGCGAGAUUGCAUUUUGCUGACUGUCAGUCGCGAUGGCGGAGGGGAUGAGAAGGAUGAGAAGCUCCCUCCUCAUUCACGGCCGUCGCGUCGUGACCACGAUCCCUCCGGUAGCACCUCCGGUGAGCACGGUUGGCUACGUACCACGGUGCGAUAGAAGUUCCAAGUUCGAGACGUUGUAAGGUCCACGAUCGUCCUGUUUUUUUUUAUUUAAAAAAAAAUUAUGUUAUCGCGUUAUGAUUUAUUGUUGCUCGUAUUAGAAAGAAAAGAUGUAAUUCAAUCUCCGGACGCUUUUUUUUCUUUUCUAUGAACUAGCGAACAAAGGAAUGUGGUCAUAAAUAUAAAAGCCGUUUCAAG